AUGCCCGCCGAUACUACACUCGCUGCGGCUGUUGAUCUCGAUGAUGAGCCAUAUGACUCUGCCGAAGAUGAAGAUUUUCAACUAGAGGGCGCACAAGAUGAUUCUGACCUGACCUCUGGCGACGAGGAGGAGGCCGAGCCCGCGAAGAAGAAGCGGAAAUCCAAUAAGAAAGCCGAAAUUCCCCAGGAAGAAGACCUUGACUCCGGCGAUGAAGCUACUAUUCGAAAAGCUCGCGAAAAGCGAGAGAAGAAGCGAAAAGGAAAGAAGUCGAAGGGCAAACAAGCGGAUGAUGAUGAUGAUAUGGAGUGGGAUGAUGAGGAAGGGGGCACGGGGGGAUUCGUGCGAACGCGUGCUAUGAAGCAACAUAUACAGGAAGAGCAAGAGCGAAAACCUUUGGCCAAAAUCGACGGUGCGACGGUUGACGUGAAUGCUCUGUGGGAGCAGAUGAACACGCCUCAAAACGAGCUGGGAAUCCGGCAAGACGAGAUUAAAGAUGGCAGUGAACCGGCUCCAGAACCCGACCGACCGGCUGAAAAUGCGGACGCGAAGGGCCAUGCUACCCAAGAACCGGAGAAUGACUCGCAUAAUGCCCACGAUCAGAUGAUCAAAAUCAAGCGCACCUACAAGUUCGCCGGCGAAAUGAUCACUGAGGAGAAGACUGUGCUUAAGAACUCGGCAGAGGCUAAGGCCUUCUUAUCUAGUGGGGAGAACGUGGAGUUCGCGGAGGUGGAGGAUGCCGAUGCAAACCGCGACUUGCGUCGCCCGCUGCGCAAGAUUUCACGAUUCGACCCCAAUCCAACUGGAACGAUCAAGAAAAGCUGGGAGAGGCAGCCUCUGGAGGCUGGUGGGGAUGCUGCUGGACCUAAGAUCAAUACUGUGGAGAAGUCCCGUCUCGACUGGGCACAAUAUGUGGAUCAGGCUGGAAUCCAAGACGAACUGCGGGUUGCCAGCAAGGCUAAAGAGGGUUAUAUGGGCCGUAUGGACUUCUUGGAUCGUAUGGGAGCCAAACGAGAUGAAGAGGCACGCCAAGCCCGCCUCAAGGGUAUGUGA